AUGACGAAACUCAUUCUUUCCACGGGAAAUAUUGUCUCAGGCGGCCCCUCCAUUAUCCGUAAACCGGGUGCCUACAGAUCAAACCUCGAACUUACCAACUCGCUGCGAAGCAACUUCCUCGCCGCCCAGCAAGACUACUCGUCCACCGAUGAGUCCUCGCCUAUCGACGACGAGCCCGUCAACGGAAAUGGCACUCUGAAUGGCCACUUGAAUGGCUUCUCCCAUCAUUCCUCUGGUCGCACCGCCAUCGACCUGUGGACCGCCCGUGAGAAUGACAUCCUCUACAUCCCGCGCAUAGACUGGUCCUACUCUGGCCUACAAGAGGAACCCGACAACUACGACAUCACUGUGAAGCUGUUUUUCCUUCCCAACGCCCCCGCGCAGGACCGCGCGCAGUAUGUUCAGGACGCCCUGAGCCUCGUGCGGAAGGAGUUGGGCGUCACGACGAUAGACCUUCUUAUCGCCUCCUUCCCCGGUAUGUCGUUCGAGGGCGAUUGCGAAUGGGAGGCCGACACACGCAACGCCUCUCAGGGCAAUAUCGACGAAGAGGUUGCGACGUGGACGGUGCUGGAGGAUCUGUACAAACGCGGCGAGGUCAAGGCCCUCGGCAUUUCCGAGUUCGGCACGGAAAAGUUGGCCAAGUUUAUCAAAAAGGUCAGCGUCCGCCCGGCCGUCGACCAGAUCAACAUCAAGGACUGUUGCAGCGUGCCCCCAUCGCUGGCCAAGCUGGCCAAGACCGAGGGCGUUGAGCUGCUCGUUCACACCGACUGCACCGACAUCCUUCCCCGCGGCACCCUCCGUGAGCUCCUUGGCCACGGCCUGCAGGGCGCUGGCGUCCUCGCCGACCCCGUCGAGGGCGAGGACGGUCUCGAGGGCGAGCUCACGCCGGAGUGGGUGGUCAAGUACACUGCGUUUGUUAAAGACCGGGGCGUCAUCGAGAAUAAGGGCUAUUUUGCUGGCGCGGAGCUAGUUGAGACCUCGUAG